UCUUACACGUUUUACUUGAACAAACGACUGUCUGUCAGGCUGACCUUCUUUGUAUUAUUGACUCUCUUUCUUGGGAAGAAGAAUACAGAUAAAAUCUUUGCCACUUGCCCAGCAGAAGAGAGCCGAUAAAGAAUAUUGUCAUUCUGGUGUAUAAAUUCAAAAGGCAAGGGACUGAUUAAAAUUCAAACUUUUGGCCAAGUGACUUCUGGUAUCUGGGCAAUAUGGUACAUUCUUUUCGAGCCUGCUUGCUUUUGUUUGCAAUACUAAUACUGGCAUCUAAUCUAUCUUAUACACGAGCUUCUAUGAAAGGUGGUUAUAAGAUCAAAUCUGCCACUUUCCUAUCACCAAAAUUUGUGUUGGGACCAGGAUCUGUGGAGAAUAGAUUCUAUCGCAAUGUUGACUUCCCAAAAGGUCAUAUUGGAAUCAAGAGUUUCAAUGCUGAAGUGAUUGAUGAUACUGGGAAUCCUGUCCCUCUUCACGAAACUUAUCUUCACCACUGGCUUGUUUCGAGAUACUAUCAACGGCUAGAUGUGGUUGAGACUAACCAUGAGCAGAAGUUUAAGGAAUCAGAUCGCAUUUCUGCACGUAAUAGUGGAAUAUGCCAGAAAGGUAUUCUUAAUCAGUAUUUUGGCCUGGGAUCUGAAACACGAAAAACAGCUACGCACAUUCCUGAUCCCUAUGCAAUAGAAAUUGGCAAUCCAGCUGAAAUUCCUGUUGGGUAUGAGGAGAGAUGGUUGCUUAAUGUCCAUGCAAUCGAUACACGGGGUGCUGAAGAUAGGUUGGGAUGCACUGAAUGCAGGUGUGAUCUAUACAACAUCACAGUUAGUGAAUGGGGACGCCCUUUGAGGCCAGACUAUAAAGGAGGCUUACUUUGUUGCUAUGAUCAUACACAAUGCAAGGUCAAACAAGGUUUCCAGGGUACCAGGAGGAGUCUUUACCUGCGAUACACUGUGGAAUGGGUUGAAUGGGAUAGUGACAUUAUUCCUGUUAAAAUCUUUAUAUUUGAUGUCACUGAUACUGGGAAAAGGCUAAAUGGUUCAACAGGAUUCGGUCCAGAGAAUGGUUGCCAGGUUGAAUAUGAAAUCAAGUCUUGCAGCUCCACUGAUACUGCUGUUAAUGGGUGUGUUGAUGUCAAAAGGACAAACUUUACCAUGCCAACUACUGGCUAUCUCAUCUAUGGUGUUGCCCACCAGCAUACUGGAGGAAUUGGUUCGACUCUGUAUGGGAAGGAUGGACGUGUUAUAUGUACUUCACUACCAACAUAUGGAGAAGGAAAAGAAGCGGGAAAUGAGGCAGGUUACAUUGUAGGAAUGUCCACAUGUUAUCCUGAACCAGGCUCUAUCCAGAUAACAGCUGGGGAGAAGCUAGUUCUGGAAUCCAACUACAGCAGAGAUCAAAACCACACAGGAGUUAUGGGGCUUUUCUACAUAUUGGUUGCAGACCGAACACCAAACCCCACGAGUUUGCUACACGCUCCCAUUCAUAUGCAUGUAAACAUGAAAGGAUCCACAUAUGCGGUUGCAAUUAUAGCUUUGUUCGGAAUGGCAAUAGCUGUUGCUGUCACUGUACAUUCUCGGCUAAAGAAGGGGAGAGAAGAAGGCUACCAGCCAAUGCUGGCAUAGAGUUGAAUUCGUGUUUGCAUGAUCCAUGUACUGUAUCUCCUUGUCUGAUCUUGCUUAUAAAUCAAACCGUGAACUAAGUAUAGCACUGUUUAAAUCUUUUCGUAA